GACUACAAGCUGUUCAGGUUUGGUCUGGAGCUGUGCAGGUUUAGACUGGAGCUGUUCAGGUUCAGGUUUGGUCUGGAGCUGUGCAGGUUUAAGUUUAGUCUGGCUUUGUGGAGUUCAGUCUGGAGCUGUGCAGGUUUAAGUUUAGUAUGGCGUGGUGGAGUUCAGUCUGGAGCUGUGAAGGUUUAAGUUUAGUAUGGCGUGGUGGAGUUCAGUCUGGAGCUGUGAAGGUUUAGUCUGGAGUUGUUCAGGUUCAGGAUUAGUCUGGAGCUGUGAAGGUUCAGGUUCAGUCUGGAGCUGUGAAGGUUUAAGUUUAGUCUGGUGUUGAGGUGUUCAGUCUGGAGCUGUGCAGGUUUAAGUUUAGUCUGGCGUGGUGGAGUUCCGUCUGGAGCUGUGAAGGUUUAAGUUUAGUCUGGCGUUGAGGUGUUCAGUCUGGAGCUGUGAAGGUUUAAGUUUAGUCUGGCGUGGUGGAGUUCAGACUGGAGCUGUGCAGGUUUAAGUUUAGUCUGGUGUUGUGGAGUUCAGUCUGGAGCUGUGCAGGUUUAAGUUUAGUCUGGUGUUGUGGAGUUCAGUCUGGAGCUGUGCAGGUUUAAGUUUAGUCUGGUGUUGUGGAGUUCAGUCUGGAGCUGUGCAGGUUUAAGUUUAGUCUGGCGUGGUGGAGUUUAGUCUGGAGCUGUGCAGGUUUAAGUUUAGGCUUUGUGCUGAAUGUGCAUGUAUCUUGCUCUUCUAUUGCUCCUAAACACACUUCACUGUAAAAUGAAAUAGGUAAUGAUCAUACUUGUUCUGCCUCCUACUCAGUGAAACCUGACCCCACUGACCCUGGUGAUCUGGAUGAUCAGUCAUGGAGGAAGAGAGCAGUGAAGUAGUGGCCUCCAGCUGCACAGUCCUGACCACCACAGUGUCCAGCACAUCCACACCCAUCACUCAGCGCACACAGACCAACCCCACUGACCGGCAGACUGUCCAGGUGAUCCAGCAGGCUGUGCACAGGCCCGCAGGUGUGGCUCAGUACCUGCAGCAGAUGUACGCAGCACAGCAACAUCAUAUAAUGCUGCAGACCCUCCAUCAACACCAACAGACAACCAGCCCCACUACACACAGCACAGCAUCCGCACAGCAGUCUAACAGCAGAAAGACUGCUUCACCUCCCCCAUCAGCCAAUGGGAGUGCAGCUCAGACUGCAGUAAGUGCUAUCACGUCACCCGGCUCUGUGGUCACUCAGCUCCAGUCCCCCAGCAUCUCCGGGUCUGCAGGAUCGAUGUCCCAGCAGGCCGUUCUGCUCGGGAAUGGCUCCGCCCCCUGCAGUCAGGCUCAGAUGUACCUUCGCACUCAGAUGCUGAUUCUGACUCCUGCUGCGUCUGUAGCUGCUGAUCUGCCUGCUCUGAGCUCGGUCUCCUCUCAGCCCACGUCCACACAGGUUUCUAGCUUGGCUCUACGGACCCAUCUUCCUGGAGCCCUAAGUGCUGCCCAGAGCGUCCAGCUGAAGGCCUCUCAGGGUCAGACGCUGGUCACCCCCCUCCCCAGAAUGUCCAUCUGUCCCCUGAAGUCCACACAGCUGUCCCAGGCCCUGGCAGAAACUUCCAGAACAUUCUCUCCAGCUCUGAUGCGGCACCAGCUGCACUGCCCCCCCAGCCUGAAGGGGGCGCCCCCACAGUUCAUCCUGCAGAGUAGCGUGGCUCAGAGGCAGGUUCAGCCUAUUGCUCUCCGGGUCACAGCUCAGGACGGCGGCCAUCCUCCACUGUCCCUGCUGACCGGGACCACGCCCACCCCUGCCACCGUCCUAUCACAACACUGUGAGGUCUCGUGCCCCGCCUCCUCAGACCAACUGGCCAGUCAGAGCUCAGCACAGCAGCAGGCUCUAGUGGCGUCCACUUCUACAGUUCCAUCGGCCAGUUCAGCUCUUCCAGACCCUCCACCACUUCACCUGGGUCCAGUGGUGGACCCCCUGUGCCAGGCUCAACCCCUCAGCUGUCCCCCUCCUCCGCCCCCACUGACCCUGGCGCUGCCCAGGCUGCCCGCCACCCCUUCUCCAGCCUCUGUACAGAGACUGUCCCUUCGCUCCAUCCACGCGCUGGCUGUCCAGUCUGACCACAUGCUGCUGUCGGAGGAUGAGCUGCCCAUGGCUGAAGCUCUGGCCCAGCUGCCCUUCCAGAACCUUCCGCCUCCACAGACCGCUGCCGUGGACCUGAAGGUGCAGCCCAACAUAAAUGAGAACGAAACAUCGGUGAAUUUUCUUAAUGUUUAGGAGGAUGGAGCUGGAGUGGAAGUGGUGAGAGAGGAGCAACAGAAAUGUCCAGACAGGAGCAGGACCCCCACCCCCCCAGCACCGACCCCCACAGCACCGACCCCCACGGCAUUGACCCCCACGGCAUUGACUCCCGGAGAGAACCCACAGGACUCCUGCAGAGAUGCUACACAGCCGGAACCAUGUACAGGCCCAUUGGAGCCGUCCAGUUUACAGUCCAGCAGAUCCGUGAUCCGGUCAGCAGAAGACGCAGCGUCCACCUCCCCUCCUCCCUCCCUCCGGCCCGCGGUAAGAAGCUCCAGCAGCAGCCCCACCUCAGCCAGCCAGCGGCCCCCGCAGGCCAGCGUUAGACCACACAUCCUCACACACCUCAUAGAGGGCUUCGUCAUCACAGAGGGGCUGGAGCCGUUCCCGGUGGGCCGAACCUCUGUGGAGGAGCAGCAGCGGGCGCGACUGACCGAGGGCCUAGAGCUGCCGGAGAACGGAGCGGAACACCACGACUUCCUGCCGGACGCAGAGCAGCCCGAGAACUCCUCAGACUCAGACAUGGACAACACACCUGCUGAAGAUGAGAGGUCAGAGGUCAGUCCGUUAGAUCUGCUGCAGUGCGAGUUCUGUGGGAAGAGGGGCUCCACGCGGACCUUCCUCCGCUCCAAACGCUUCUGCUCCACCACCUGCAUCAGAAGCUUUAACAUCAGUUCUACGAAGCGCCUGGCUGUGCUGAGGGCCCACAGGGUGACCCGCUGGCCCAACAGGCCGAUGGGCCGCAGGGGGAGACCGCCGAGCCGCAUCAGCCACACCCACCGAGAACACUUCUUCAGACAGCUGCAGGGCUCCUACAGACCGGACGGCGCCCAGCAGGCCGGAGAGGAUGACUGUGAGGGUGAAGACCCUCCGGGCCCCAUGACCACCAGGCUGCGUCUGCAGGUGGAGAGAGACAGGGAGAGAGAGAGAGAGCAGGAGGGGAGAGAGAGGCAGGACUGCAGCAGCUCCACCGGCCUGCUGGACUGCUCUCCAGCGCUGUGGAGUGUGGAGCAGGUCUGCUCCUACAUCAGCUCCUUACCAGGAUGUCAGGACAUGGUGGCUGAGUUCCGUUCGCAGGAGAUCGAUGGCCAGGCCCUGCUGCUGCUGACCGAGGAGCAUCUGAUGAGUGCCAUGAACAUCAAACUGGGACCAGCGCUGAAAAUCUGCGCUCAUAUUAACUCCCUCAAACAGCCUUAGACACGGCGGCUUCCCUCAGCAGCUCGGACCAGCCCGCAGGGGGCGCUCUGAGCACUGAACUCGGCUUCCUCUGACCUGUCAGUGUGCUGAACAGGACUGAUGGACAAAUAAUAACUAAUGACUUAGUUUUAAAUCCAGUGAUUUUCAGCCAAACAUCACAUUUAUACAGCACAUUAAACCCUUUAUUCCAAAUGUAGACCGUCUGUCAGGACAUGUUUGGUGCCUGAAGUUUGCUUUUUUAGUUUUAGCACUGGA